ACACUCAUCCCGUAGCCCUUGCCCCUUUCUGAAGCAACUUGAAAAGUCUUCUUUCACAGGUGUUUUUACAAGCUGUGAUCAAAAAUGUGGUGACUGCUGCAGCCGCGCUCCAUCCAAGGGAAAGGCAGCUCAUAAAAACACGACGCUGGGUCCUCGCCCCCCUUAGUCACCGGGUCUGGCAUCCUGUUACUUCUGGCUCUUCCCAGCAUCAAAAUGGCCAUGAAGUGAUCAAAGUCAAUGUUUUGAACCAAUUCAGGACAUUGAGGCAGCCAGGACCGCGCAACUCGAGGAGUGAGGACCCCGGCGCUGCUGCAGAACGCUGCGAGGAUGGGCUGAGUGUGUGCAAAGCAGGGGGAGGAUCUGGGGGGAGUGCUUGGACUGUGUCUCUCACUGUAAUAACUGAGGAUUUAAACCACCGUAUAUUCGAUUGAGGGCCUGUUUGGAUGCGAGGGGCAGUAUGACCUUGCCCCUCCACCCAAGGUCAAACACAGCUGAGACGUGUGGUCCUCUGUCUGUGCUGGCGCUCCCGGGAGGCGGUGUCCCAGCGGCAGUGGGCUGCGGCGGCCCCACCUGCAAUCCCGGUGGCUUCCUGGAGGCGGCGGACCGGGCGGAGUUCAGUCCUCACGCCCGCCUCGCCCUCCCGGUGCGCCCGGAGCAGAGCAUUAAAGGCGGCGGGCGGAUCCGGCGCGUCGAGGUACGGGACCGCGACAGACUCCGGGCCAUGGAGAAGACGCGGGCGCAGUGGGGGAACCCCCUGCAGUUCGUGUUCGCCUGCAUCUCCUACGCCGUGGGCCUGGGCAACGUGUGGCGCUUCCCCUACCUGUGCCAGAUGUACGGCGGCGGUAGCUUCCUGAUCCCCUACUUCAUCAUGCUCAUUGUGGAGGGAAUGCCGCUCUUGUACCUGGAGCUGGCGGUGGGGCAGCGCAUGCGGCAGGGCAGCAUCGGUGCCUGGAGGACCAUCAGCCCCUACCUCGGAGGUGUUGGUGUGGCCAGUGUGGUGGUGUCUUUCUUCCUUGCCACAUACUACAACAUCAUCAACGCCUGGGGGUUUUGGUACCUCUUCAAUUCCUUCCAGGACCCUCUGCCGUGGUCUGUCUGCCCACUGAAUGGAAACCGCACAGGCUACGAGGAGGAGUGUGAGAAGGCCUCGUCCACGCAGUACUUCUGGUACCGGAAGACCCUCAACAUCUCGCCGUCCAUCCAGGACAGUGGGGCUGUGCAGUGGGAGCCGGCGCUGUGCCUCAUCCUGGCCUGGAUGAUGGUGUACCUGUGCAUCCUGCGGGGCACCGAGAAAGUGGGCAAGGUGGCCUAUUUCACUGCACUGCUGCCCUACUGUGUGCUCAUCAUCUACUUGGUCAGAGGCCUCACCCUCCAUGGAGCCACCAAUGGCCUGAUGUACAUGUUCACUCCCAAGGUCGAGCAGCUGGCCAACCCCAAGGCUUGGAUCGAUGCAGCCACACAGAUCUUCUUCUCUCUUGGCCUGGGCUUUGGCACCCUGAUCGCUUUUGCCAGCUACAACGAGCCCUCUAACAACUGCCAGAAGCACACCAUCAUCGUGUCCAUCGUCAACAGCGCCACCUCCAUAUUCUCCAGCGUGGUGACCUUCUCCAUCUACGGCUUCAAGGCCACCUUCAACUAUGAAAACUGCUUGAACAAGGUGAUUCUGCUGCUGACCAAUUCUUUUGACCUUGAAGAUGGCUUUCUGACAGCCAGCAACCUGGAGCAGGUGAAGGGCUACCUGGCUUCCACCUACCCGAGCAAGUACAGCGAGGUCCUCCCACUCUUGCAAAACUGCAGCUUGGAAGCAGAGCUGGACACGGCCGUCCAGGGCACGGGCCUGGCCUUCAUCGUCUACACCGAGGCCAUUAAGAACAUGGAGGUGUCCCAGCUGUGGUCGGUGCUUUACUUCUUCAUGCUGCUGAUGCUGGGCGUGGGGAGCAUGCUGGGCAACACAGCAGCCGUCCUCACCCCUCUGACCGACAGCGAGGUCCUUUCCAGCCACCUGCCCAAGGAGGCCAUCUCAGGUCUGCUAUGCCUCGUCAACUGCGCCGUCGGCCUGCUGUUCACCAUGGAGGCCGGGAGCUACUGGUUCGACAUCUUCAACGACUACGCGGUCACACUGUCCCUGCUGCUUAUCGUGCUGGUGGAGACGCUCGCCGUGUGUUACGUGUACGGGCUGAGGAGAUUUGGAGCCGAGCUCGAGGCCAUGACCAGCAGCACCCUCAGCUGGUACUGGAAGGUCAUGUGGGCGUGUGUGAGCCCGCUGCUCAUGGUCGGCCUCUUCCUCUUCUACCUGAGCGACUACAUCCUCUCGGGCACCCUGCAGUACCAAGCCUGGGACGCCACCCAGGGCCGGCUGGUGACCAAGGACUACCCCACCUAUGCCCUGGCUGUCAUCGGCCUGCUCGUGGCCUCCUCCACCAUGUGCAUCCCCCUGGUGGCCCUGGGGACUUACAUCACGCAGCGCCUCCAGAAAGGGGCCUCGUUCCCUCUCGCCUGAGAACGGGCCUCCUAGAGACUGCUCCCCACCGGAAGUGACGACAUCCGAGCCGGAAGUCCUCCCCGCACUUCCUGUGUCUGCAAAGGAGUAAGACGGUCAGGAGCACGUGCACAAAUCCUUGGAAACCGCCUCUCCCCGUCCCAGCGGCCCUGGUCAAGUCAUGCGGUAUCCCUCAAAUCGGGGAUCAGGGCCGCUCCUCUGGAAGAUGGCUUCCAGACUCUACAGAGUCCUCAGACCGGGGUGACGAUGAUACAGCACUUCUGAGAUCAAGUUUAGGCAGUUUGGGUUGGGGCUGAAGAAACACCAAAAUACUGGAGGAUAAUCAGUUUUCCUCCGGUUGAAGGAGUUUUUAAAUGCCUGAGGUGACAGAUUUGAACAUCAUUGGUUUGAAAUUCUCUCUUUUUUAGACAUAGUGAGUUUACACAAUUUCUAGGUUCCCCUCCACCCUUCCAGUGUUAAUACGACUGACCUGGCCAUGGAGUGAGAUGUUUGUUGGGGACUCAUAGGAAUCACCUUUCUCCAAUCUAGGGUCUCUGGCACUGAUC